GUCUUUUUUUUUAAAAUUUAUUAACCUUCUCAGAAAAUAUUUUUUAGCGUGUUACUGAGUCAUUACACCGCUAUAACACAGCCGUAAGGCUUUUUCUUCUUCAGACCCGGAAAUGUAAUUCCUGAACUCACGGUUGUUGCACACUCGCUCAUACGAGGCGUCAGGUCUCGGAGACGCGCACGCUCACACGUCCAGGCACGUUAACGCGCUACUGGUGUGUUUAUGGCCAAUCCGUGUAGUCAGAGAAUGUGGGCUGCUGUGCUACAGAAUAGGCUCCGAGUAGAAUAAAAAAGAAAAGAAAAGAAACCCGGGAUGGGAAUGAAAUCAAAGUGCUGUGAAGCAACAGACGCGCGUGUCUUGGUGGAGGCAGAGGUUAUCAUGAAUUAGCCGCAGUCCAGUGUUGCUUUCUGGGUGACAGCAGGACGAAAAAGGACCAGGGACUGAGGUGCCAUCCAGGUUAGCUGUAACAGCUAAAGACACUGAAGUGUAAACGUCUCUGGGUUCCGUUUGAGUUCAGUCACGAGCGUCUCUGUGUUUGUCUUCUUCUUGUUUUGUCUCCCCCGUGGCUGCCGGUCACUUUCUAUGACUGUCGUUCUCUGAGCUGUUGUCGUGGCUGUUGUUGUUGUUGUUGUUUAGCAUUAGCGUUAGCCCUCAGCUGUGCUGGGCUGCUGUUAGCUCAUGUGUAGUUAUAGUUAUUGCCUCCCAGUGGUGGAACAAGUGUUCAAAUCCUUUAACGACUCCUUGAGUACUCUGACAUCCUUGAGAGCUUCUCAAGGCAGCAUGGCACCGAAGGACAUCAUGACCAAUUCCCACGCCAAGUCCAUCCUCAACGCAAUGAACUCACUUCGCAAGAGCAACACCCUCUGCGACAUCACCCUGAGAGUGGAGAGCACAGAUUUCCCAGCUCAUCGCAUCGUCUUGGCUGCCUGCAGUGACUACUUCUGUGCCAUGUUUACUAGUGAGCUCGCUGAAAAGGGGAAAUCUUUCGUGGACAUUCAGGGCCUUACUGCGUCAACUAUGGAGAUCCUCUUGGACUUUGUCUACACAGAGACCGUGCUGGUCACGGUAGAGAACGUUCAAGAACUUCUCCCAGCAGCUUGUUUACUGCAACUUAAAGGGGUGAAAAGAGCGUGUUGUGAUUUUCUGGAGAGUCAGCUCGAUCCCUCCAACUGCCUGGGCAUUCGUGACUUUGCCGAAACUCACAACUGCCUGGAUCUGAUGCAGGCAGCCGAGCUUUUCUCCCAGAAGCAUUUCUCUGAGGUGGUUCAGCACGAAGAGUUCAUGCUGCUCGGUCAGACAGAGGUGGAGAAACUCAUCAAGUGUGAUGAAAUCCAGGUCGACUCUGAGGAGCCCGUGUUUGAAGCCGUGUUAAACUGGGUCAAACACAACCGUAAAGAGCGAGAGCCGUAUCUGCCGGACAUGCUGGAGUUCGUCCGGUUGCCCCUGCUGACCCCGCGCUACAUUACAGAUGUCAUUGAUGCCGAGCCCCUCAUCCGCUGCAGUUUGCCGUGUCGAGACCUCGUUGACGAGGCCAAGAAAUUCCACCUGAGACCAGAACUGAGGAGCGAAAUGCAGGGUCCAAGAACACAAGCCAGAUUAGGUGCCAAAGAAGUUCUGUUGGUCAUCGGAGGUUUCGGCAGCCAGCAGUCACCGAUAGACAUCGUUGAAAAAUACGACCCAAAAACACAAGAGUGGAGCUUCCUGCCUAACAUUGCCCGGAAGAGGCGCUACGUCGCCACGGUGUCCCUCCACGACCGCGUCUACGUGAUCGGAGGCUACGAUGGUCGCUCCAGGCUCAGCUCCGUGGAGUGCCUGGACUACACCGCAGACGAGGACGGGGUGUGGUACACGGUCGCCACCAUGAACGUGCGGCGGGGCCUUGCAGGGGCUACAACACUAGGAGACAUGAUCUACGUGGCCGGAGGUUUCGACGGCAGCAGGCGUCAUACCAGCAUGGAGCGAUAUGACCCGAACAUUGACCAGUGGAGCAUGCUGGGAGAUAUGCAGACAGCCAGAGAAGGAGCUGGACUGGUGGUGGCCAGUGGACUCAUAUACUGCCUAGGUGGGUAUGAUGGACUGAACAUUCUGAAUUCAGUGGAGCGCUACGACCCACACACAGGCCACUGGACCAGUGUUACACCCAUGGCCACCAAGAGGUCAGGGGCCGGUGUUGCUCUGCUGAAUGACCACAUAUACGUAGUGGGAGGUUUUGAUGGGGUGUCACACCUGGACUCUGUGGAGGUCUACAACAUCAGAACAGACUACUGGACCACCGUGGCCAGUAUGACCACCCCUCGGUGUUACGUCGGAGCGACCGUCCUCCGAGGACGACUCUACGCCAUCGCUGGAUAUGACGGGAACUCGCUCCUCAGCAGUAUUGAAUGUUACGACCCUGUCAUCGAUUCCUGGGAGGUUGUCACUUCCAUGGCCACACAGCGGUGCGACGCCGGCGUCUGCGUUCUACGAGAGAAGUGAUCUUCACUGAGAGCCAGACCCAGAAGGAGACGGUGGAGGGG